UCAACUACCCGCACUCCCGCCCUCGGCACCCAGGCGUCCGCACCAUGCUCCCGCUGCUCCCGCUGCUCCUCCUGCUCCUGCCCGCAGCCCACGGUGCAGUGGAGCGUGUGAGGUACACGCCGUCCCUGACCAAGAGCCCCGUGCUGGAGGGGCUGACGACCGGCUCCACCUUCGUGCUGGACCAGCCCCGCUGCGUCUUCGACCAGUACAGCAACGCCGACAUCUGGCUGGUGGUGGCUCUGGAAAGCACCGCAGCCACCUUCAACAACAGCGUUGCGCCGGGGACUAACGAGAGCGCGUUCCAGAACUUCCCUGACAGCGUCCCCGCCUACAUGACCCUCAAUGCCACCCUCGCCAACUACCCCUGUCCCAAACCCGACGGGGAUAUCACGGUGCUGCGCGUUGGCAGCGAGACCAGCUGCAUCCGGGAUGGUGCGAGACCCACCUGCAAUGGCCCCCUGCCCGGCCCCGGGCCCUACCUGGUGAAGUUCCUUGCCCUGGAGGGCUCCCAGCCCGUGGCCGAGACAGGCUGGUCAGAGCCCAUCAUGCUGAGGACAGCCAAGUCACCCAACAGCAUCUCCACGACGGACGGAGGGCACAGCGCCGGCAUGAUCGCCCUCACCACCAUCCUCUCCAUCCUCUUCGCCAUCCUCCUGGCCGGGCUGGUGGCCAUGCUCGUCUUCUGGGGACGCCUGCGGCGGCAGCAGCACCUUCAGCAAGCCGGAGGCGGUGUCGGUGCGGCGGUACAACACCCACCACGUCUACGACCAGCCGGCCGCCCGGCUCUGAGCCCCCGCCUCCCCCCGGCACCGCCCCGCCUCCCCACGCACCCCCGGGUGCCCCCACGGCAUGAACCCACUGCCACGCGGGCACGGCCAGAGCUGCCCCCCGGGGCUGGGGCACUGGAGAGGGACAUUAAAGGCUUUUCCGCGUGCUUUGUGCCCGGCCUCUACCUCAUGUUUGUGACCCCCUCGGGAAUGGCACCUGCCAAACAAAACCUCAGCGCCUCACGCAGCCCCCUGGAAAGCCCCGUGGCCCUGUUUCUGUACCCCCACGCAGGGCUCUGAGCUCCGUCCCUGGGUGGGGGGAAGGAUGUGGCCCGCAAUGCUCUGGAGUGGGAGAUGUGUUGUCACACCCGGUUGGGGCACCGGUGCCACCUGUGUCCACUCUGAAUGGGUGAAAGUCCCCUGGGGCACAGGACAGCGAGGGGAGCUCCCCCCCAGCCCUGACACUGGGGUGAGAGGCACUGGAAUGUCCUGUGGGGAGGGUUUAGGGGGUGUUUCUCUCUUCCCCUUAACCCACAGCAAUUUCUCGCUGACCCAAACCCAGAGGAGAGUCUCCCCCACCCAGAGCUGGCCCAAUCCUUCCCAGGUACUCUUGAUGUUCCCCUGAGAGCCAUGAGAUUUGGUACCCUGGGAUACCUGAUCCUGCUCCAGGUGUUGUGGGGACUGAUCCUGCCCUGAGGAGUGAAUCCCUGAUCUCUCUCUAGGGGAUGUGGGGGCUGAUCCUGCACUGGUGGGGAGUGAGCUAGGGGAAGCCGAUGCCCUACCAGAGACUGGGAGAGACCUGAUCCGUCAUUCCUGAUCCCACACCAGGAUGUGGGCCCCUGAUACUGAGGUGGGGGAUGUGGGUGCCCUGAUCCUGGAGCCUGGUCUGGAUGAGACCCCGCUGGUGCUGGGAACAAGCAGGACAGAGCUCACCGCAGGGUGGCUGUGCCCCUUUGCGUGGAGCCAGGGCAGGUGUGCACACAUCACAUCCAUGUG